ACUACACGUCACAGCCAUUUCAACUUAGACUUGAUGAAGGGAGAGAUGUCUCUACUGGUUGAGUAACACACCAGGACUUGUGAAUGAAAACACAUCAGACAAAAUGGGGGGAAAGAAAGGGAGACCAUGUAAUUGCAUCUGGAGGUUCCUGUCCUGGUGUAACUGUCAGCGCAUAAUGGUGGCUUUUAAAGGGAUCUGGACCAAGGACUUCUGGAGGGCUGUGUCUGGAGAAUACCUGGCCACUCUCAUCUUUGUCUUUCUCGGUCUGGGCUCAACCAUCAACUGGGCCCCAGAGGAGGAGAAGCCUCCACCAGCUGACCUAGUCCUUAUCUCCUUGUGCUUUGGCCUGAGUAUUGCCACUAUGGUGCAAUGUUUUAGCCACAUAAGUGGUGGACACAUUAAUCCGGCGGUCACUGCAGCUAUGGUGGUGACUAGAAAGCUGAGCUUGGCAAAGGCGUUGUUCUAUGUGGUGGCUCAGUGCCUGGGAGCCAUCACAGGAGCUGGGAUUCUCUACCUAGUCACACCUGCUGCUGUUAGAGGGUCCUUCGGUGUGACCAUGGUGAACUCCAACAUCUCAUUAGGACACGGCCUUCUUGUGGAGCUCCUUAUCACAUUCGAACUGGUCUUUACCGUCUUCGCCACCUGUGAUCCCAAACGCACAGACCUAGGAGGCUCUGCUGGCCUUGCUAUCGGCUUUGCUGUGGCUAUUGGUCACUUAUUUGCAAUCCCUUACACAGGAGCCAGCAUGAACCCUGCUCGAUCCUUUGGGCCUGCGAUGGUCACACUCAACUUCGAGAACCACUGGGUGUACUGGGUGGGACCCAUUCUGGGGGGCAUCCUGGCUGCUGGUCUGUAUGAGUAUCUGUACUGUCCUGACCCUGACAUCAAGAAGAGGCUGAAGCAGGUCUUUCAGAAAGACCCGUCAGUGAAAUACAGGGAGGUGGACACAGAGGACAUCAAACCGGGCUCCAUCCACACCAUAUCUGAUCUGGAGAAAGCUGAGAAAAAACAUCCUUUCCAGGACUCGACGGGAGAAGUGCUAUCUUCAGUAUGACUAUCACGCGCACUGGAAAUGGAGACCAAUCUGUAGAUCAGAGUGACAGUCAAACAUUGGAUCCUGUCCCACUAUCCUGAAAGCAGAAUAUGAUUUAUGUCCAUGAGGCUUCACAGCAAAGCGGAAUUACUGUCAUCGUCAUCAUAUGAUAUUAUGGCUCAAUCUCACAAACAUCAGCCUGCUCAAUACUUACUCCUGAGGCCCUCCUUCAACAAUUUAGGAGCAGUGCGGCGCACAUCGCAUGCUGCGGCAUGACAGCCUGAAAACACGUUGUGGUAAAGAAAUAUGCGUAGGGUCAACCAAUUAUGAGAGGUCAUCAAGCUGAAUUGGAGAAGUGAAGAAGAAAAUGCAGCCUUGUUAUUUUUGGAUUAGUGUCACAUUUGUUCCACGUAUUGCAUAUGUAAUAACAGGAGAGAUUUUCCUUGUGAUCAUUAAGCACAUUACAGGUCCCAAGCAAUGUAAGACAGAUCUGACAAGCUUUAAGAGUUGUAUUGCAGUGCACUCUAUUUUCAGUGCGUUAGUCAGAGAAACAACCAGACAACUCCACUUUUUGGUGUUCAUUAUGCCUAUUACUACAUAAAGAUUUUAUUUUUCAUAAAAUGUGAUAGGUAGCUGUUUUUAUUUUAUAGACUGAGAUUUGGUUAUUGUAAUACAUUUCUUAUUUCUCUGUAUGAUUUGCUAUAUUUCAAACUUAAAGGCGGAGUAUGUGAUUCUGGAGAGAUCUAAAAUAUAUAUCGCUACAGUUGCUGGUGUGAAGCUAACAUAGGCUCGCAGAGAAGACAAGACGGUUUCCCAGCACACCAGCUCUAGACAGCAUACUCACAACUCUUCUGCUACUAUAGCUAACAACAUCAGCAUGUCUUGGCAAACUAGAAGUAAACUGAAUGUCAUUUAACGUUACCUCAGACACAAAUGAUUGCUGGAACGGCUGGAAUAAUGUUGUGUGGUGGGGUCUGAGCCACUUACAGAGCCCAGGCUGAGUACAAACACCAGAUCCUUUUUCAGUGCACACACUGAAUGGACAGCCAGCGGACAGUGAGGAGAUAUUUACUGAAUUAGUCAAAAAGCUGUGUAUUGAUAAAGAAUUGCUUACUCCACCUUUAACUUAUUAAGAUAUUUGGCUGAUCUGUCUUUGUGUUCAGAUAUUACUCAGUUCUUGUUUCAUGGUCACAAACUGGAAGUGCUACAAGAUGUAAAAGGUUUUCGGCUGUAAUAAUAAAGUCUCCUUGUUAAUGA